CGCGGCCCACAGCUCUCGACCUUGUUACUACGGUGCUGCUCCCUUCCCUUCCAUUUUUUUUUCUGGGGCAGGGUCGCUACACAGCCCCUUCGAGAAACCUCCUCCGAACCAGAUGUCUUCCUUCCCUCUUUGUGGAACUUAGCGUGAUCCCGCACACCUACCAAGGCCAGACCCUGCCCUGCCCCCCACCUCGAGCCCUUCUCCAUCUUGCAACUGUGGGGAGUUUGGUGGGUUGAUCGACUAUGAAAGCGAUGACGAAUCUUAUGAAGUGCUGGAUUUAACUGAGUAUGCAAGAAGACACCACUGGUGGAAUCGAGUAUUUGGCCACAGUUCCGGACCUAUGGUAGAAAAAUACUCAGUAGCUACCCAGAUUGUAAUGGGUGGUGUGACUGGCUGGUGUGCAGGAUUUUUAUUCCAGAAGGUUGGAAAACUUGCAGCAACUGCAGUAGGUGGUGGUUUUCUUCUCCUACAGGUUGCCAGUCACAGUGGCUAUGUGCAGAUCGACUGGAAGAGAGUUGAAAAAGAUGUAAACAAAGCAAAAAGACAGAUUAAGAAGCGAGCCAAUAAAGCAGCACCUGAAAUCAACAAUAUAAUUGAAGAAGCAACAGAAUUUAUCAAGCAGAACAUUGUGAUAUCCAGUGGCUUUGUGGGAGGCUUUUUGCUAGGCCUUGCAUCGUAAGGACUCGAAGGCUCUAUCUUAGUGGAUCCAACAGUGCGAAAAGAACUGGUGGCAGCAGGAUGAUCUCUCAGUGGCAUUUGCCACCAAAAUCUCCAGAGUAAAGAACAACCAGCUGGACAAUUGCAAAUGCAAAAGCUUAGCAUUUUAUCACCUGAAGCUUGGCAAGCUAGUAUCUGCUGUAAGACAACCUAUGUGGUGUGUAAACAAUAGUAUUCUUGAGCAAACCAUGGCUUUUGCUAUUUUUUAUUUACAUGUGUUUAGAAACCAGCCUAUGAUUGUCAUCACUGGAUACAUUGGAGAAAGAAAAAGCUAUUAUGUGUACUGUCCAAUGAAUUAUUACCCUGUCUUAUUUUAAAAGUUCUUUGUGCUUUACUGUAUAGUGCCAGUAAUUAAAAAUGUCUUAUAGCUUUAA